AUGCUGGCGGCAAGGAUAGUUCUAGGGUCCCACUCAACUGCUCCCAAGAGCACGAUAAAGGAAGGGGUGGUCAUCACUUUCUCUGAGGAGGAUCUUCCAAGUUAUCCCAACUAUUCGGACCCUCUGGUGAUCACUGCUCAAGUGGGAGAGUGGGAGAUGAGGCGAAUCCUCGUGGAUCCAGGUAGCUCUUCAGAGAUUCUCUACAAGAGGGCAUUCCUAGGGAUAGGGUUCACGCUCAAUCAGCUGAGGCCAGUCCGUGUCCCAUUAGUGGGUUUUGAUGGAAUGGUGAUCCAUUCUGAAGGUUUGAUCCGGUUGCCCCUGACGGUCGGUAGUGGUCCUCAUAAAUCCCGGGUGACGUUGGAUUUUUUGGUGGCAGAUGUGCCCUCGGCGUACAAUAUGAUCCUUGGUAGGUCUGGGCUUAGUGCUCUGAGGGCAGUACCGAGUACGUAUCACAUGGUGUUGAAAUUCCCUACUUCGGGAGGGAUUGGCAAGGUAAGAGGAGACCAACGGCAGGCUAGGGAAUGCUACGUGGCCUCCUUGAGUGCCACUAUGGCCAAGGGGUCAGAGUUAGACUCACGACCGAAUCAGGAGGCGGUCCCUCAAGCUGGUCAGGGCCAGAUGGAGACGGAACAGGUGAGAGACCCAAGUAUAGGAGCAGGUUAG